AUGCGAUUUUCAACCUCUCAUUUUAUGGGCCUGGCUCUGUCCCUCCUCCUUACAAACACAGUAUCAGGCACACCCACAGAUCAGGAAGAUGAACCCCGUCUCUACUCCAAUAUCUCGAUAAACACAGAUACGCAAGGCUUCUCGUUCAGCGAAAACCCAGACCUGGGCCUCAGCGCCCGCGCAUACGUCUGCUCAGUCGGGUAUACUGAAUGCGCGUACGACACGACAAGAUGCUGCCCUAUCGGUGGCUCCUGCUGCGGAAAUGGUUACUGUGCUGAUAUAGGCGAGACGUGCUGCACGGGCGGCGGCACCUGCAGAAGUGGCUACAAGUGCUGUGCGGGGCAGCAGGGGUGUGCGCCAUUGGGCGCGGAGUGCUGCUCUGAUGGUACCUACUGCCGGGCUGGGAAGAGAUGUCGGACGUAUCUUGGGAAGAAGAUCUGUUGUGCUGCUUCCGGGUGUGUGGGAGAGAAUGAUGCCGGGGGUGAUGAUUCGGGCAUUACGGCGGCUACUUUGACGCAGACGGCUACUGCUACGGCUGUUAAGACAGAGACAACUACUAGUGUUUAUUUGGAGGUUGAUUGGGAGUAUUAUUAUACUACUAUAUAUUGGACUUACUGGUACUACUACUGGACUUCUUCUGCCCCCUACACAGUUCGAACAGUCACCUCUACUCGCACCACCACCACUACUGUCUGGUCUGUUUAUGCGACAAACAGUCUUGAGGCGACAGUUGAUCUCAUCUCGUCUUCGAGAGAUUACACUUUCUCGGCGCCGUACUCUGCGACUUCUUUGAGAAGCUCGUCCGAGCCUGUUACACUGUCGACAAGCUCUGCUACUUCUAGUGCUACUUCAUCCUCUUCUGACAAUGGACCAGUCUCUGGCUCGGGAGAUGCAGGUGUUUUCCCUAGUUCUCCUGACGCUGCAGUUGGGCUGAGUGUCAGUGGAACUGGACUAUGUGCUGCUGUCCUGGUUGCUGCCAUUGGCGGUUUGGCCUUUGGACUGUGA